CAGAAAAGAACAAAAUGGGUUUCGUCAAAGUUGUUAAAACUAAAGCUUACUACAGCAGAUAUCAAGUCCAAUUCAGACGUCGUCGUGAAGGUAAAACUGAUUACCAACAAAGACACAGAUUAAUCACCCAAGACAAAAACAAAUACAACUCACCAAAAUACAGAUUAGUUGCUCGUAUUACCAACAAAGACGUUGUUGCCCAAAUUGUCUACUCUAAAAUCGUUGGUGAUUUCGUUUUAGCCUCAGCCUACGCUCACGAAUUACCACGUUAUGGUGUCAAAGUCGGUUUAACCAACUAUGCCUCAUGUUAUGCUACCGGUUUAUUAUUAGCCCGUAGAUUAUUAGCCAAAUUAAAAUUAGCUGAUACCUACAAAGGUCAAGAAAAAGUUGACGGUAAAAUUUUCUUAGUCAAACCAGUCGACGACAAAGCCAGACCAUUCAAAGCUAACUUAGAUGUUGGUCUUGCUCGUACCUCAACCGGUUCAAAAGUCUUCGCUGUCUUAAAAGGUGCUGUUGAUGGUGGUUUAUACGUUCCACACUCUGAAUCCAGAUUUGCUGGUUACAACGCUGAAUCAAAGAAACUCAACGCUGAAGUUUUAAGAAGCUACAUCUUUGGUCAACACGUUGCCAAAUACAUGUCACUCUUACAAGCUGAUGACGAAGAAGCCUACAAAAAACUCUUCUCACGUUACAUCAAAGCCGGCGUUGCCUCAAAAGAUAUCGAAGAAAUCUACAAAAAAGCCCACGCUGCCAUCCGUGCUGAUCCAUCACCAGCUGCCAAGAAAGACCGUAAAUACGAAGCCAAAAACAACAAACUCGUCCAAAGAACCCUCAGACAAAGACGUGCCCGUAUUUCACAAAAGAAAGCUUCACUCAGAGCCAAAAACCUUUAAAUUAUUUUUUGUUCAGUUCCUUACAGUUAAUAAAAUUUAAUUUUUUUUAAAAAAAACCC